UGUUGUUUUGUAGCCGAUUGAUUCCAGUUAUGUCCACAAAAAUGCUGUGUGCUUCCGCCCGCACACGAUUCAUUCCCUCAUUCUCUCUCUUGCCUCCACAACCUAUCUAUCGCCGCCCCAACUGUCUCAUCCACCACCGGCGCAACCACAUCACCAUGUCCGCACAAGACCAGGUUGUGGAACACGUGGUCCUCGUCAAAGUCAAACCCGAUGUUGACUCCAGCAAGGUGGCGGCUAUGAUCACCGGACUCAACGGCUUGACCUCACUCAACCUCACCCUCCACCUCACUGCCGGACAACUUCUCCGCUCCCGAUCAUCGUCUCUCAACUUCACUCACAUGCUUCACAGCCGUUACAGAUCAAAGGACGAUCUCCAACAGUACGCCGUUCAUCCUGAGCACGUGCGCGUCGUUACGGAGAAUAUAAAACCGAUAAUCGAUGACGUAAUGGCCGUUGAUUGGAUGUCUAACGGUGCUAGCAGUGUCUCUUUAAAACCAGGGUCGGCGAUGAGGGUGACAUUUGUAAAGCUGAAGGAGAAUUUGGGGGAAAAUGAGAAAUCUAGGGUUUUGGAAGUGAUUGGAGGGAUUAAAGAUGAGUUUCCGAGAAUUGAGGAGCUGAGUGUUGGGGAGAAUUUCUCUCAUGAUAGGGCCAAGGGGUAUACGAUCGCUUCGGUGGCAGUGUUGGGUGGGCCUGCUGAUUUGGAGGCGUUGGAUUCGAAUGCGGAACUGGUGCAGUUGCACAAGGAGAAGGUGAAGGAUUUGAUUGAGAGUGUGGUGGUUGUUGAUUAUGUCAUUCCACCCCCGCAGGCGGCUAACCUCUGAGGGUACUUCACUUGUUCAAGUUGUUUCUGCAUUAUGUUUGUUUAACUAUGAAUAAUAAUAAUAAUCUUUAUGUUAUGAUGAGAUACUUCUCUCCAGUCUGUUGCCUGAUUUUAGUUGCUGGACUUGAACUCAAGAUACAGCUUUUGCAA